GGGCCUUGUUUAUCACUGCUCAAGUAUUUAAUUGUUUGGAAUUUGUCACUGGAAAAGCUGAAGCUUUGUGUCCUGGAGUCUUAGAGGCAUGUGACUUAUGGUGGCUGUUGGGAGGUUAGGGGUGUUGCUUUUCCAAAAAGAGACUUAAAAACAAGCUGUGUGCCCUGAUUGGUUGGUGGGAUUGAGUGUCACGAGCAACAAGAGCAUGGUAUAAAACCUUUGGCUGCUGUGUUUCUGCAGAACUGACAGCUGAUGGGACAUGCCUGUGCUGUGUUGCCAUAAUUACUACAGACAUUGCAGCCAGCAUUAGACACCAGCGGUAGCUAAAAUGGACAUCCAGAGGACUGGCUCCCUGAUGGGGUCACCUAAUUCCAUGGAAAGUCUGGAAAAACAACUUAGUUGCCCAAUCUGUCUUGAUAUGUUCACCAAGCCUGUAGUGAUCCUUCCCUGUCAACAUAACCUGUGCCGUGGAUGUGCUAGUGACCUUUACGACUCUCGAAACCCUUACAGAUUUUCAGGUGGGGUGUUCAGGUGUCCAACAUGUCGUUUUGAAGUGGUUCUUGAUCGUCACGGUGUACAUGGACUUCAAAGGAAUCUUCUAGUAGAGAACAUUAUUGACCUUUACAAACAGCAGCAAGAAGGUGGUGGAACGACAGCAGCACCUGUAAAACUUAAAGUCUCCACUGAACCACUGUGUGAGGAGCAUCAGGAUGAAAAGAUUAACAUCUACUGUGUGACCCACCAGAUUCCCACUUGCUCAAUGUGUAAAGUGUUUGGACAGCACAAGGAUUGUGAAGUUUCCCCCCUUGCUAGCGUUUACCAGGCUCAAAAGGGAGAGAUGAGCAAUGCCAUUGAUGCUCUGGUUGCAGGCAAUGGGCGACUGCAGGCCCUUCUAAACCAGAUGGAAGAAGCUUGCAAAGCUGUUCAAGACAAUGCCCAGCAUGCUAAGCAAAGGCUAGGGGAGCGAUUUGAUGUUCUAUAUGUAGUUCUAGAGGAAAGAAAGAAUGCCCUCUUGGAGCGUAUUAGCAAAGAGCAGGAUGAGAAGGUGGCAGCCUUACGAAAGCUAGCUAGACGUUAUGGAGACCGCCUCCAAGCAGGCACAGAACUCACUGAUACAGCAGUUCAGGCCCUUGAACAAAGCAGUGCUGCAGAGUUCCUGCAGACCUCAAAGGGUCUCAUUGCACAGACAAAGGAUGCAGCCAAGAGUUCCCUGGCUGAGGAAAGACCUGAACCUGGUUUUGAGAGGAUGGACCAUUUUACUCUUUUCACAGACCAAAUUGAGACAUUGUUGUCCAAGAUUGACUUUGGAGCAGAUGAUGAUGAAGAAUAUGAAGAUGCAGAGGAAGAAGAAGAGGAGUGAACUGGACACAUGGUGGUUAGAGAGUUAGAGUCUGUGAAGGAGAAGCGAAGGACAAUGUCAAAAAUGUUGCUAAAUAAUGUAUGUUAACAGGUAUUAGAUGGGUUUACAGGGCUGCUAAGCUUUUUGAACACUGAAAACUACAAAGCAACAUUGUUAGAGAUGUAGAGCCAUUUUAUACUUUUUUUUAUAAUGAUAGUUUAUAUAUUAGUUUCUAUGUGAAUAAUAUGCUGAGAGUACACUGUAUUCUGAAAUGAGUGGAAAACAUGAUCAUACUGUUAAUUUACUUGGAUAUGAAGCCAAUACAGCACAAUGUAAAAUAAGUAAAAUUUAAAAUAAGACUGUGUAAGAUUGUAUAAGUCAGUUUUUGUGAUUACUGUGGUUAUUCUGCUGCAUUAUAAUGGAAUAUUUAAUAAAGCAUUAAAUUACA